CGCUUUAGAGCUCCCAGUGUUCAUGGUGGAUCAGGAGGAAAGGGUAUCUCUAUCUCCAAGCAUUCAUCUUUCACUCAUGGAUGUGGCUAUGGAAGUGCACAUAGUGGCUAUGCGAUUGGAAGUCAUUUUAGUGGCCAAAGUGGAUGGAAGAAUGAUGGUCUGUUGAGUGUCAAUGAGAAGGAAACCAUGCAGCAUCUGAAUGACCGACUGGCAACUUACCUAGAAAAGGUGCGUUCACUGGAGCAGGAAAACACUCAGCUGGAGAGGAAUAUCCGAGAGUGGUACGACAGAAACCAGCCAGCAUCAUUGCCUGAUUUUAGCAACUUCUUCAGGACUAUUCAAGAGCUCCAGGGACAGAUAUCUGCAGCUAGUACAGAAAACGCCAGACUUGUCCUCCAGAUAGACAAUUCCCGACUGGCAAUUGAUGACUUUAAAAACAAAUAUGAAAUAGAACUCAGGUUGAGAAACAGUAUUGAGGCUGAUGUUACCAGUCUGCGCAGAGUCCUAGAAAGUCUGAACAUAGAAAGACGUGAUCUAGAAGUCCAAGUGCAAAAUCUCCAAGAAGAGCUACAGCAGAUGAGGAAAAACCAUGAAGAGGAGGUCAGCUGUCUUCGUGCUCAGCUGGGUGCCAGGGUCAGUGUGGAGGUCGAUGCUGCCCCAUCUGUUGAUCUCAACAGAGCUUUAUCUGAAAUCAGAGAACAGUAUGAGAACUCGAUGGAGAGAAACAUGAGGGAUGUUGAGAACAUGUUCAUGCAAAGGAGUGAUGAGCUGAACCGUCAGGUACUUUCUGGCUCUGAGCAGCUACAGACAGUCCAAACUGAAAUCAUUGAGUUAAGACGCACUGUCCAGACCCUGGAGAUCGAGUUACAAAGCCAACUAAGCAUGAAAUCAGCUCUGGAAAACACCUUGGCCGAGACAGAGGCCUCUUUUGGCUCCCAGCUUGCACAAUUACAAGACAUGAUCAAUGGCGUUGAAGCACAGUUGUCUCAGAUCCGAUCUGAUCUAGAAAGACAGAACAAUGAGUACAGAAUGCUCAUGGACCAGAAGACCCAUUUGGAGAUGGAGAUCUCCACCUACAAACGCCUACUGGAUGGGCAGUUUGGUGUACUGAAAUCAUCCAAAACAGUCGACAGUAUACAUUUUAUACCUUAA